CUGUCCGUCAAGCAGAGAGAAGCCGUAGUGUAAGCACACGCACGACACCAGCAGGAUAUCUCGUUGCUCGGUGUGGCAACGAUCUCUCGCUGUACUGUACGUCGUCGUCGUUAGUCGUUACACGUCACGGCGCGCGCAAUCGGCGAACAAAAGAGUGUGAUUCUCCGUGAUGGAGGAAAGAAGAAACUGAAAAAGACAGCGAUGUGAAGAAAAAGAUGGGAAAGAAGAGAAAAGAGGCAUCGCGAAACGAUCGUGCGAACUCAUAUCACUAGACGUGAUGCAACGUGUACACGCUUGUUAUUCUUUCGCGAGGAGAUUCGUUCGACAAUGAAACUCAAGGUCGUUCCACUUUCCAAGCUUCCCAGGAACCAUAGCCGUUCCAUCGUGAUUUUUAUUAUCUGUGGCGCGCAUCGUUGAGCAACGAACGAGCGAUUGUCGUCGUCGUUGAAAAGGAAGGGAUCGUCAACCUUGGUGAGCAGUGCGAUGUCGAAGAUGGGUCAUUCGCGAAGGACACGAAGGCAUUCGAGAAGAGAAUUUACACGGUGCUGAGUCAAAGGAUCGGUAACGCGAAGGAUUAAACGAAUUAUCCCCGGGUUUUGCAACAACGACCAUCGAACCGUGAUCGUUAAUCUCACUGCGUGCUGUUGCUUGCGGUAACAGUUAGUGUCCAGUGAAUGAAUUCUCGGUCGCGCUCGAUGACUGCAACGAUCGGCUUUCAGCUUGAUCGAGAUCGAUUCUGAAAUCUUGCCCCGCCCGUUCACGAUCCGUCGUCUGUCUAUCGUCGAUCGUGGAAAUAAUUAUCCGCUAGCUUCCCCGCAACGUUGAAGUGGAAAGUGACAGUGACGUCCAGAUCCAAGUGACAUAACCGAGGAAAGUGCCUGCUGAACCUGUUGCCGAUCGACAGCCAGUUUCCGUCGACGUUCUGGUACCGACCAGAUGACGCGGGGAUAAAAAUGCUGCGAAAAGUUAACGCGGGAUUCGUUCUUUCACGACUACGAUUCGAUGACGUGCCGCUCUGGAAAGUUCUAAAGAAACGUCUCAAAGACUUUCUUCGUUACCGAUACGCGAAUCUCUCGUGAAAUUCCUAACUCUGUCCAUGUUGUAACGAUGCAGAAUCGUGUCACCGAUUGGCGAAGAACGAACGGAACGUAGUGUCUGCGAUCGAGUUAAACGAGAUCAGUGAAAAAAUAAUAUAUAGUGCGGAACAAUGUCGUCGAACGGUGAGUUUUCCACGAUGUCCAGCGAGGAGGUACCUUCGCUGCCAAAGUCCCUGCCUAGUUCGAGGGAAGCGACGGCCGAGGGUAGUUCCGGUUCGAGCGGCGGCUAUAUGCCCCUUCGAGAGUUCCUUGAUCGAUUCUCGUUACCGAGAGUGGUCAGGCUCGAAGGUACCGGCGGCAGGCCAGUGUUGCUGUACAAACAGCAACAGAGAUCGCUUCGGGUUAGUGCAACCCUAUUGAUCCAUCGUUAUCGGCACGACGUUAAAGUAGGACCGGAGAUAGUCAUUCCAGAGGGAUACCCGGGAUGGUUUUCUGUGAUAUCUGGCAACAAUACAACGGGUAGUGCAAGAGUCUACAGAAGAGUCGAUUCCUUAGUACGAGCAGGGGUACCAGCGUUUCUUUUGGCUGCACCUUUAAGGGCAUAUAUUCUGACCCACUCGAAAAUGGAAAAUGGCAAUUUAAGAGCUCAUUACACAAAAACCACGAUCAGAGCUGGGGAAAUUCUACGAUUAAUAGCUGUUUUUCAAGACACAAGGAAAUGUAGUACGGUUUCCUUCGGAAUUUCCGGCAGCUCUUCCGAAAAGGAUCAGUACGCUCAGUGUUUGGAUCCACACGGUCGGGAAGUAUUUGCUCCCUUAUCAGCAAGAGGCGAAUUUUAUGCUAUAUGUCAGAAUGGAAGUAUCGAUACCGGAAGCGAUGCAGUAUUAUACAAAGUGCAUCACCUUGCGAGAAGACCAUUGCCUCUCAGGGUCCGUUUGAUAGCCGGUCCACUACCUGUACCAUUGCCAAGGGAAUAUGGCGGUUUAAUGCAACUGGAAAGUUCGACUCGAGGGCCAAUUGUUUUAGGAUGCAUCGUACCGGAAAGACCAGUUCACAAUCCUGAAAUGCUUGAAUUAGUUGUAACCGGAAAUGGAGCGCCAAGAGUAAGAAGAGCUCGACUAGGUUAUCCGUCAGAAGCUAGACUUUUGGCAUCGCCGAAAAUGCAACGAUUAUUAUCUGCCUGCAGCCGGGCUGUCGGAGAUCGUGCAACGGAACCAAGAGUGGCACCUCUGAAACUGCAUCCAGUCGGUGAAAAUCUUAAAGAGAUGCAUUUGAAGAAAAUCAAGCCGAAACCGGAAACGAAGCCAAUUCUACAAAGCUUGAAAGACGGACUGGAACAGUUAAAAAAGAGCACCGUUAGGGAGAAAAGUCAAACUAGACAAAAUUGUCGGAAUGGAUUUCUAGAUCGAAUUUCAAAAUUCGCCCAAGGUGGUCGUAGCAGAAAUCCUGCAAAAAAAUCGGCUUCGUUUACGUUUGCAGUGAAACCAGAAAUUGCGAUGAGGUGUCAAGAGCGUUACUCCAGUUUGGAGCCAGAAACUACCUCCCAUCCGAGUCAUUCGAACUCUUCCAAGCAACCUGUACAAAGAUCAGCGUCCACCAGUGUUUUAGAAAUGCCGGCAAAUGUUGAAUUACAGCCCAAUUAUUCUCGUGUUAGAGAUAGUCUUACACCAGUGCCAUCCCUUCCCAAGUUAACCAGGACCAAAGCUGAUGACAUUUAUGCAGAAAUUUGCGAGAAUGCGGCUGCGCAGGUCGAGAAGUGUCCCGGAAGUCAUGUGAUGGCUAGGAUCAAAAUUAUUGUUAAAGGUCGUGAUUCGUCCACAGCUCUGCCAAACAAGAUUGGCGAUGACAGUAGAUACGCAAACUCUAUGGUAACGAACAAUCAAAUUGAUUCGAUUAUCAGCACGGAAGACGAAGUUAUUUACAACACGAUAUUCUAAAAAUGAAGAAUUUUACUGUUAUAAGCUAACCGGCUGUGUUUGAUGAUCGAGAACCCGUUGAUUAUUUUAAUCAACGUACCAUUAGAAAUUGAAACUGUAUCAUAUUAUAAAAAAAGCACUACGAAAUAAUAUGUAAUAUUCAAGAAAUCGUAAUAAUUGCAGGUACAUAUGUUUGCCAUACGUACUAACACUAGUAACGAAAACAAAUAAAAUUUUAAGAAUAAAAAGCUCAAUUUUUUUCUAAGAAGAAAAGAAAUUAAUCGAAAUUGAUGUUUUAUGUACAAAGAAUACCUGACCAAUUUUUCUUAAAAUUUGUUUUACUGCAAGAAAGAUAAGAUGUACAAAAUAAAACAAAUAUAUGAGAAAAGUGUAUGACAUCUUUAUUUACAAUUCAUUCCCUUUUAUUUUAAUAAAAUAAUUCAUAUUAUACUUUA